AUGGAAGACGACGGAGAGUUGCUUUCCGGGUCGCGCUUCCGGAUUCGGACAUGGAUGAUCGAAGGGCGCGCUGACCAAUCGGAAGCGCUCUUUAUGUUCACCAUCACUCUACGAAGGCUCGCUCCCAUCGCGCGUCAGCUGCGGCUGUACUCUUCGACAGCGGCAGAGCUCUCUGAGGGGGAGAAGCUCAUACACUCAAAACUAUCGGAUAAAUUCAAACCCACGCAACUGCAGGUGCAGGAUGUCUCUGGUGUGUCGUGUGCAUGCUUACAGAGAAAGUCGAGCUCACUGUUCCGUGAAGGUGGUUGCGGAGCGUUCUACGCCGUGACAAUAGCCAGCAAUGCCUUCAAGGGUCUCUCCACCAUUAAGCAGCACCGGAUGGUGACUGAGUUGCUGAAGAAGGAGAUAGAGGGCAUCCAUGGAAUUCAGGUGUGUAAUUCGAUAUCAUUCGGCUUCUUUUCAUAA